GUUUACAUACCGACAAGAAGUCAUGUGUGAAUCUUUGUGAACAAAUUGAAGUAGGCUUUUGAAAUGUCUUCUAUUUUAAUCAAUGCCCUUUUAUCAAGUUGCCAUGAUCCGGAUACUUUGUUUAACACGUUGUGCUGGCCAACUGACUCGUGGCCGGACACAGAAAGAGUAGAGGCACUGACAACGUUUAUUGACGGAAUUGGUAAACUACCCCAGUCUGACACAUCUGACGAUGGCGACAAAGUUGCAUUUUCUACUGCAAAAAGAGACAUCUUUCUCCGAAAAGUUGAAUCGAUCAUUUGGACACAAUGUUUACCAGUUCUCUUGAAAGUCUCUAACGGAAACGGGGCAUGCAAAGGUAAACGUGUGCAAGAUGGAAGGGCUGAAAUCACCAUCGCUGUGUGCAGGCUUCUUUCUGUCUGCAUCAACACACUGUGUGACACGGCAGUUUCGGGGCGAGUCGCCCGCGCUGUCCUGCCAUCCUUCCAGCGGCCAGACGGGGAGACGGAGGAAGAGCUUCCCGGACAGGGUGAGGGGCGGCUGGGUAUCGACGUGGCUAUCGAAGCCAUGUCAGUCAUCCUACCCACUCUCUCAUCCAACGAAGAAUUGACCACGUCGAUCCUCUCAUCUGCCCUGUCCUGUAUCAAGACGUUAUCGGAUGCUCUGGUCUCCAAAAUCACCGUUCGGCUUAUUUUCACUCUCCUCAACUGCUACAGCGAGGAUGGGAUAGCGAGUAAACUCCAGUUCAUUUUAGAGGAUUUGUGUAGCUGGCACAAGAGUGACAGCUCAAACACGGACUCGCCUGUGGUGACAGAACGCACUUUGCUGUGUUUAACAACUCUCUCGGACUAUCUCUUCUCUCCGGCUAAACUACAGCAACACACCCUUCCUCAAAGUCUGAGCUAUACUCGACCAGACCCUCGUCGUUCUCUGCAGUUCUGGAGGAUUCUACAAGAUGGACUGACGCACAAAGACAACGUGUCCCGGAAGCGGGCGUUGUACCUGCUGAAAAGGUGUGUCGCUCUGUCAGAGGAUGAGGCGGUUGACUUUCCAAGCAGUUCAGUGUCAAGUGAAGUUAAUGAGGAGAUCAUAUUCAGAUGGGCCCCAGACAGAUGCAAGCUGCUCAGAGAGUUCUGGGAGGACUAUGCCUUGGUUAUGGAGACACUGGAGGAGAACCAGAUUCAUGUGGUCCGCCCUGUGCUCAACAGAAUCCAUACGUUGAUCCAAACAGCAGCGAAUGAUAGUCAAGGCGUCAGUCUGUUCCACCCGUCAUGGCUGCUGGGUGUGUACCAGCGUAUGUUCCACAGUGAGAACAAGUCCGUCAUGAGAGAGGGAGUGGAUCACCUGCUGGAACUCCAGGUGCUCCGACGUCCUGCCUUCGCCCUGGCCUUCUCACAGUUCAUUGUGGGUCCUUUUAUGGAUGUGAUGUCUGAAAGCUCCCUCUUUCACAGGACUGCAGGACAGAGUGUAGGAGAGUGUCCUGAGCUGGGAGGCAAGCUGCAGGUCUUCAUGGUCACGUUCUUCAGCAGCCUGCCACAGGAGAACAGAGGUCCUGUGUUGCUGCAGCUUGUCCAGCGGCUAGGUUCUCAACACUGGUGUGCUGUCCCCAUCCUCUUCCUCUCUCGGGCCCUGUCCCACCUUCCUCCCUGCCCCCUCCUGGGCCCUGACGGCCUGCAAGCUCUCAGGGAGGUGCUGCGCUGCACUAUGAUCACCCACCAGGUGCUACUGAGAGGAGCUGCCCAGUGUUUCCUGCUCAACACUGCACUCUCCCUGACACAUGUGACCUCAGUGACGUUGGAUGAUGUGUUUAGUUUGCUGCUGCAUUUCAGAGCAGACGAGUCUCUACGUAGAGGAACAUCACUCUGGAAUCAGCUGUGUGACUGGCUGGCUGACAGUGAAGGCAGCUUCAGGCCCUGUGUCAGAGAACCAGCUGAUGGUACCAGUACCAGUACUUCUCCAGAGAGAGAGACUGUGAGAGGCUACGUCCAACACCAGAUGGAGUUCUUCCUCAGAGUCCCGGCUAGCUCAGACCAGACAGACAGUGUCCCAGACCCAGGAGAGGCGGAGCUGCUAGCCAAGGCCAUCCUACUGUGUGUUGACAUAGAGUGGAGGACUCAGAGGAGGUCUGGAGGAGAGGAGACUACUGGUGUCAGCGGUGGGAUGGACUCGCUCUUACGCCCCCUACUGGACACACUGAGCAGGCUCCACACUAAUGUCUACCUGCCGCUACGCAAGACUGACAAGAGCCUGCAGCUGCUGCUACGAUUACUGCAGCUCACACCAGCCAGACACACCCCUGCUGCAGUAGAGAAAGAACAAGAGGACAGUGUGACGGUCUCCAUGGAGACGCUGGUUCUGGGCGUGGUGGAGCCCAUUCAGGAGUUCAUCCUCCGAAGACUAAGUGGAGAACUACAGGAGCUAUGUGAUGUAGAGCGUGCUGAGCUCUACCUGUCAGUGCUGAAGGAGGUGGUGCUGAUGUACAGUGUGUUAGAGUGGAACCACUCCAAGGUACAGGAGGCCUAUUUCCCCAGACUCCUCAGAUACGUCCUGAGGACCCUAGAAGCUGACCAGAUCCCCUCUGUGGCGGGUCAGGUAUCCAGGGCGGUUGCCAUGGCGUCGUUGGCCAUGACCUGUGAGGUUGCAGUGCUGGGAGUGUUCAACCUCCAAUCAGAGACCACGAUUCUACUGGUCCAUCUGUCUAGCUACUUCUACUCCCCUGCUCCACCCCCAGCCCCUCCUCUCUCUCUGGUCAACUUCAACCAGCGCCUGCUGAAACCUCCAACUGCAGAUCCGUCAACAGGUGUUUCGGAGCAGGGUCCUCUCCUCAAGGACUGGGGCCGUGUGGCAGCUCAUUUCAUCCGGGACCAGUGGACGUGCCUGGGCUACGGGAGGAGAAUAGGCCCACCCGGGCCCCUGGAGCUCCCCAGGGCAUCGGGGUCCCUCCAGGCUGCUAUAGAGGCUCUGUCUCUGCUACCCAGUGGGCUGGUACUGCCUGUACUGGACUUCAUGGCCUCAAUGUUGCCACAGGUGGCGCUGUCUGAGGAGGCCCUGUGUGUAGAGGCUGUGACUGUCUCCUGGAAGCUGGUGCUGGGACUGAGCAGUAACCCUCAUGACUUCUGGCCCACCCUGCAGGGCUUUGUGACCAUGGCCUUUCACCACAGCCUGCUGGAGUUAACAGAGGAGCAGGCACCUGGGCUCACUGCUACUCUACAACAGAUAGCCGUUGAGUUGAUGGAACUCUCCCAGGCCAAGACCGGUGUAUUCAACGUUCUGAUCCAACACUGCUGCCACACCUGGCUGCCCUCUGACCCAGGAAGUGACGGCGAGAGCCAAUCAGAUGCCAUGUUCUCCAGUGCCCUACUGCACCUUGACAUCCUGGCUGAGGCAUGUGUGUAUGGACCUGUGUUCAGGAGGGACCAAAGGCUGAUCCAGGAGGUCCAGGUCUAUGUGGAGAGGCUUGGAGAGGAGUGUGCUGCUAACACUGCAGUCCCCAGUGAUAACCGGGAUGACCAGUUCCCACGUGUGUGUGUCGUGGCGUUCCUCAGCCGCCUCCAGCCCUCUAAUCAGCUGCAUGAGAGACUGAUGGAAGAACUGGUUCUCCGCUUGCUGAAAAAGGAUGAGGCCAUAUCGAAGUCAAAACAGCGUUACUAUAGCAACUCCCUGCAGCAUCGUGUCAAGAACAGGGUGUGGCAGACACUACUGAUGCUGCUGCCCAAACUGAGAGGGGAGUUUGUAGGUACCGUUCUGGGUCGUGUGUUUGAGGCAGGUUUCGUCAGUAACCAGGCCUCAGUCAAGUACCUGAUAGAGUGGGAGAUGGUUCUAAUCCUAGUCCAGUAUCCUGAACACAUAGACCGUCUCUGGACCUGCUUCAGUGUGGAUCAAGAGAAGACCAAGACCAGUGUCUGUACCUUCCUGUCUGUGUUGGUCCACCUCAACAUCAUCAUGCCUCAACUCAAGGAGAAGGCGGUACAGUGGCGUAAGGCCCUGGAUGUUAUUCUCCAGUGGUGUUUCAGCCAUAACUUCAGUGUCCGUCUGUACGCCCUGCUGGCCCUGAAGAGGGUGUGGAGUCUGGAGGGGGCGAGGGCCGAGGCCGAGGAGGGGGCCGGGGGGGAGGAUGGGCUCGGGGGGCUGGCCACCGUCGUUAAGGCCUGUCUGCACCAGGCUGAGGCUAUGCAGAGUACUGGAAAUGCCAAUAAGAACUGGACCAGGAUUCAGGACCACUUCUUCUUUGGUGUCUUUCAUCCUGUUAGAGACUAUAGUGUGGAAACCAUAUUCUACACAUUCCCCAGCCUAUCAGAGGUGUUUGAGGACGAGUGGAUUCCGCCCUGGAAGUUUGAGAAGUUGGUGGACUUCUCCCAGAAUGCAUCUCUCCCGUUGAGGAACCCUGUCCCUGACCUGAGCCAGAUUCAGCCUGGAGACUGGAUCCAGCAGGAUAAAGGGGAUCAGGAUGGUGAGGAGCGCUGGGCCGAGGUCCAGAAGAAGAUGACCCCCUGGAGGUUGGGGAUCCAGGAACAGGAGCCAGAGCUGGGUCUGGUGCCCCAGCAGAGAGCAGCACGCCUGGGCAAGCUGCACAGUGCCCUCCUGGUGGUUGCCUCGCUCAUAGACAAGCCCACCAACCUGGGAGGUCUGUGUAGGACGUGUGAGAUCUUUGGGGCCAGUGGUCUGGUGUUGGACAGUCUUCGCCACGUCAGUGAUAAACACUUCCAGGCCCUGAGUGUCUCCUCUGAGCUAUGGCUCCCCCUACUGGAGGUGAAGCCCGUAGAACUAGCUGACUUCCUGCAGCUGAAGAAGAGGGAGGGCUACUGCAUUGUGGGAGUGGAGCAGACAGCCAAUAGUCAGAGUCUAAAGGACUAUAGGUUCCCUGAGAAGACUCUGUUACUGCUGGGUAAUGAGCGUGAAGGUAUCCCAGCUAACCUGCUCCAGCUGUUGGACGUGUGUGUGGAGAUCCCUCAGCAAGGUGUCAUCCGUUCCCUCAACGUACACGUGAGCGCCGCCCUGCUGGUUUGGGAGUACACCUGCCAGUACCUGUCCUCUACUGGAGGGAAGUCAGACUGAAACAGGGAGGGACGACCUGGACUUGUCCGAUAAGAAACAAACAUUUUCACUCUGUUGCAAAAUGUUUUUUGAAAAGUUUUCCAUUACGUGCACUAAUGAACACAACCCUAGUGUGGGGGUAAAGCCGCCAGUACCUGCCCCCGCUGCAGAGUAGGGUGAAGUUGCCCCUUUACAUUUUAGUCAUUAAGCAGAUGCUCUUUUCAGGGCGAUUUACAGUAGUUAGUACAUACAAUAUCACAAUAUCAUACUGGUCCCCUGUGGGAAUCAAACCCACAACCCUGGCGUUGCAAGCACCACGCUCUACCAACUGAGCUACACGGGGCCUUUCUCCACUAAUGGUUAAGGUUAGAAUUGGGGCAGGGGAAGCUGGUCCUAUAUCUGUACCAACAGGCAACUUCACCCCAGACCUAGUGAAUCUGCUGUGGUGACUGACCCCUCUCUGUAACGCCCUAACCCUGCUGGUGUGGGUGUACACCCGGCCAUUACCUCCCCCCUACUGGCCCUGCUUCUGGGGUGACCUCUGAACCUGGAACCUGGAACCUCUUUGUGAUGAAGUGUGAAGUUGCCCCUAGGCACAGAUCUAAGAUCAGCUUGAAUGCCCUCCAAGUCCUAACCUUAACCAUUUGAGGGGAAAACAUGCCACUGACCCAACAGAAACCCAGUGUCAACCCUACUUCAGGCCUCUGAGAUCUGGUCAUGAAGGAAAGGAGACAAGGCGUCUAGGAGACUAGGAGAGGAAUCGACCUCAUUACUAUUGAUAUGUUGUUCAAACCAGAGAGUUUCUUGUUAUUGUCAAAGUCCCACCUCAGGCAGGUGUCAGUCAUCAAAGGAGAAACCAUGACUUACCUCUUCCAUAUGCUGUGAACAUAAGGUCACAGUUUCUGUGUUUUGUAGAAUUUUAAAAAAUUCAUUUUAUCCUUUUUUUUUACCCAUUUAAAAUGCAGCCUUAACCCUCCAAUGGGCCAUAGAUGUAGAGAAUGGAUGUUAGUCUUACAAGUGGUGACUUGUUAUUAGACCUAGAACCCAUCUCAGAUCCAUUGGAGGUUAUUUCCGCUUUAGCCGUGGCUAGAUAUUACAUUAGAAUAUGCCAAUGUCGUUUGGACAGGGUCAUGUUUCCAAGUCCUUUCCCAGGAAAGCAGCAGACACUUGAUUUUCCCCGAGUCCAAAUGAUUUUUUUGGAGUGGAGAAAGUAAUGCAUCUUUUUAAACAAAUAAAACAAUUAUUUCGUAAGAACUCUGUUUUUCUUAUCACACACAUUUGUUUGAUUUAUGUUUUCCUUUACAAAGCAUGUUAUUUCUCACGGAGCCGUUCAUAGCGCAGAAAGAACAUUAGCUCACAGUA